CAGGGGUCACCGGGGCCCCUCGCGCUGUGGUCGGGGAUGCCGGGAGGUCCAGGGCUGCCCCCCAGGCAACCAGAGCCCUCAGCACUCUGGCCCACGAGCCGAGAAUUCCGUUAUCUAGUCCGAUAGCGUUCGGGCUGACUCCCGGCCUGGCAGCACCCGACCCCUGGGGUCCCCUGGGAUGCGAUCAUUUCAGAGCGGCCCCCGCGCCGCCUCUCCCAGACCUGGCCGCGGCCUUCAGCUCUCUCUGCCCCUGUGAGCCGAGGGCUGAAGGAACCAGAAGCCCUGGGCCCUGACACGCACUCACCUUCUGGCCCCGUUCCACCCUGCAGUGACUUCUGACAACUCUCUCCAUGGAAGGAGGCGGCGGCCGUGAUGAGCCUUCAGCCUGCCGGGCAGGGGACGAGAACAUGGAUAACCCUAAGAAGGAAGACAUUCUUCUUUUGGCCGAUGAAAAAUUUGACUUCGAUCUUUCAUUGUCUUCUUCAAGUGCAAAUGAAGAUGAUGAAGUCUUCUUCGGACCCGUUGGACAUAAAGAAAGAUGUAUUGCUGCCAGCUUGGAAUUAAAUAAUCUGGUUCCCGAGCAGCCUUCGUUGCCCGUGUCUGAGAGUCCCUUUGCCUGGAGCCCUCUGGCCGGGGAGAAGUUCGUGGAAGUGUACAAAGAAGCUCACUUACUGGCUUUACAGAUUGAGAGCAGCAGCCGGAACCAGACGGCCCCAGCUGCCAAGCCUGAAGACCCUCAGAGCCAGGGCGUCGAAAGAUUCAUACAGGAGUCAAAAUUAAAAAUAAACCUCUUUGAGAAAGAAAAGGAAAUGAAGAAAAGCCCCACGUCUCUUAAAAGGGAGACAUACUACCUGUCAGACAGCCCCUUGCUGAGGCCCUCUGUGGGCAAGCCUCGGUUCUUGGCCUCCUCCCCGGCCCUGCCCAGCUCUGGUGCCCAGGCCAGCCUCACCCGGGCGCUGGGGCCUCCACACUCUGCUCAUGCUUUGCCCAGGGAGUCAUGCACUGCUCCUGCUCCAAGUCAGGCAGCGACUCAGAGGAAGCCCGGGAGCAAAUUGCUGCUGCCUCGAGUGGCCUCUGUUAGAGGAAGAAGCAUCCCUGGGGCUGCGGAGAAGCCCAAGAAAGAGAUUCCAGCUAGUCCUUCCAGGACAAAAAUCCCAGCCGAGAAGGAAUUCCACCGGGAUGUUCUCCCUGAGAAAUCUGCCCCGGGUGCUGUCAGUGUGCCGGCCGCUGGAAGCCACUUGGGCCAGGGCAAGCGGGCGAUCCCUGUUCCAAAUAAGUUGGGGCUGAAGAAGACCCUGUUAAAAGCACCCGGCUCUACCAGCAAUCUCGCAAGGAAGUCUUCCUCAGGGCCUGUUUGGAGCAGGGCAUCCAGUGUGUGCACAUCCCCAGCAGCGGGCAAAGCUAAAUCAAGUGAAUUUGCAAGUAUUCCUGCAAACAGCUCCCGGCCUCUGUCAAACAUCAGCAAGUCAGGCAGAAUAGGACCCGCCCUGCUGCGGCCCGCUCUGCCUGCAGGCCCUGUGGGGGCAUCCUCCCAGCAAGCCAAGCAGGUCGAUGUUUCCGGGCUGGCAGCAGAGCAGCCCACAGCGCCCCGCUCAGUGUCCCCCACCCAACCCCAGACUCCGGAAGGUGGAGGCCAGUGGCCGAACUCCAGUUCCACUUGGUCAGAAUCUUCUCAAUUGAAUAAGACUAGAAGUAUCAGACGGCGAGAUUCCUAUCUAAAUUCCAAGACAAAGAUUAUGCCUACUCCUACAAAUCAAUUUAAAAUUCCUAAGUUUUGUAUUGGUGACUCCCCGGACGGCGCAACACCAAAGCUCUCGCGGGCGCAGCGGCCGCAGUCGUGCACGUCAGUUGGCAGGGUCCCCGUCCACAGCACCCCAGUUAGACACUCAUCUGGGCCAGCACCACAAAGACUGUUGAGCGCACGGCGUGCGUCAGCCUUGCCCACACCUGCCAGGCGGCGCUUCUCUGGCCUUCCACCGAUGACCCCCAAAAUGAUGCCCAGGGCCGUGGCCUCUCCCCUGUGUGUGCCAGCCCGGAGACUUUCCUCUGAGCCCCGCAAGAACUCUGCGAUGAGAACUGAACCAACAAUGGAGAGCAAUAGAAAGGCAGAUUCCCGGCCGGUGGACGUGUCCCCUGACGGGGGUUCUCCUCCUUCCUGUGUGCCUCAGGCACUUAACUUUUCUCCAGAGGAAAGCGAUACUGUUUUCUCCAAAAGCACCACCACAGAAGCAGCUCGGGAGGAAACCAAGCCGGGUGGAGAUGCAGCCCCUAGUGAGGCUCUUCUUGUAGAUAUCAAACUGGACCCACUCACCGUCACUCCAGAUGCUGCAAGCCAGCCCCUCGUUGACCCCCCUCUCAUUGACUUCUGCAAUACUCCAGAAGCAAACGUGGCUGUGGGAUCUGAAAGCAGGCCUCUGAUCGACCUCAUGAUAAACACUCCAGACAUGAAUAAAAAUGUGGCCAAACCUUCACCGGUGGUGGGACAGCUCAUAGACCUGAGCUCCCCUCUGAUCCAGCUGAGCCCUGAGGCUGACAAGGAGAACGUGGAUUCCCCACUCCUCAAGUUCUAAGCAGAACCAAAUCCUUUGCCUUGAAAGAACAGCCCUAAAGUGGUUUUCAACCCUCAGAAACAAGCUUUAGGCUGGGCACAGUGGCUUACACUUGUAAUCCUAGAACUUUUGAGGCCGAGGUGGGCGGAUUACUUGAGCCCAGGAGUUCGAGACCAGCCUGGGCAAUAUAGUGAGACCCCUGUCCCUACAAAAAAUAAAAAAUUAGCCAGGUGUGGUAGUGCAUGCCUGUAGUCGCAACUACUUAGGAGGCUGAAGUGGGAGGAUGGCCUGAGCUCAAGGAGGUGGAGGCUGCAGUGAGCUCUGAUUGUGCCACUGUACUCUAGCCUGGGCAACAAUGUGAGAGCCUAUCUUGGGGGGGUGAAAAAAAGAAGCAUGUUUUAGUAGAAAUUGUAUUCGAAAAAGAAAAAUAAGCCGAAAGAUAUUCCCAGUGCUGGAGAGGGUGGGCUGAGGAACUGGGGCCAGCACUGACCACCCAAGGCCCCUGCUGCCGCCUCUGCCCUUCUCGCUGUCACUCUCUGGUCUGGAAUGUGAAGUCUCAGUCACUCUAACUGAAGAAUUUUCUUUUGAAUGUUUUGUAUGUAAAAUAGCAAGUAGCUAUUUUUAAAGUUAAGUUUGUGUAAAAAGUUAAAUAUUCUAGUUUUACAUUAAAUUGUAAAAUAAAUGGAUUUAUUGAAGCAUAUCUUGAUUUUUAAGCUUAUCGUGAUUUUCAAGCAUACAUGACUAUUUUUAUCACUCUAAUCAGUAAGGCUACUAUCUAGACUCGAAUGCUUUCAUACAAGUGAGUUUCAAAAAAUUAGUCAAUAAAAAUUGGUGUCAGUGCAGACCCAGACCCGCCCCCAGAUACACUGGUCGCUAGGUCUGGGGCCAGCCCUGGAAGCGGCACUGUUACUAGGCACACAGGUGAUUCUGACUCGAUGGCCUGAAAUGCACACCUUGAGAAAAGGCUGCUCUGGGGAAACGAAGGUAUGAGUGGAAAGAGGAUGGGCGAGGAGGCCGGGCUUACCUGGAUACUAAGGUGACGGGUGGUGUCUGCUGGGCAGGCCUGGGGGAGGACCCCUCAGCUUUGCUCUCAGCAGGGGCCGGAGAGGCUCGGUGGGCAGUGGCAGGAACUGAGUGCCACUGGAAAGCCCAUUCCCUUUACUUAAAAAAUGAGCUGGCCAGGAAGCCACUACUUUGUGUCCAUUUCUCCUGAGGAAACUUCUCACUAUCUUGGUUGAGCGGCUUCACGGCUGACACAGCGAGCCAGCGGCCGGACUCUGUAUUUCGGACCCUGCUCCAGUGCUCCCUGGAUCAUACCAGGAUCUGCCUCUGUCCACAAAGACGAGGGAAAAUGAUGACUGUGCUGUGCUCUCUACUUCCUGUGGUUACCGCAUGAGGCUAAAGCUGCCACUCGGAACAGCAAGUCCUGUGGCGUCGAGAGCAGGAAGGGGUCGGGUGGCCAGGCGAUGCCACGGAAAGACGUCUCGGUGGAAACUGCCAUGGUGGGAAGGUGGCGCGCUUGUCACGGCUGAGUUGCUGCGCCUGCAGACCUGCGCCAGAAGCCCUCCACAGGCAGGGCUACUAGGACGAGUGAGUCAUGAAGCCAGAGAAGCCGCACUCCACGAGCAGUGACUCCCCAGGCCCUGUGACCUCUUCCUCCUGUCUUGCAGCUCACUGUGUACCUCCUCCUGGCACCAGUGCCCAGUGCUCUCCUAUUGGUAGUUCCUGCUUCUCUUCUUGGAAAUUCCUCGUGGGCCUCGAGAUCUUUACCUUAUAACAGUUCUGUUGAAUUUCACCCUGGCAAUGUAAAUCGAUAGCUUAUCUUCACAGAUGCCAGACAAAGGACAGAACUCACCGUCAACCCUCUGCUCACCUGAGACAAAUGCAUGUCUGAUUGCUUCCUCUGCCCUAUCUAUGUAAAAAUGCAGAUUCACUGAGCCAGACUAAGGCAUAAAUGACUGUUCCUCUACCUGCCUCUCAUAUGGAAAUUGUGUAUUCAGUGAAAGGCUGAUCAAAGACCCAAAAUACUGCAACAGUUUAUAUCUUAUCUACCUAUGACCUGGGAGCUGCCCACCGCCCCUAGUUGCUCUGCCUUUUCCGAGAGAACCAGGGUACAUCUUACAUGUAUUAAUCGAUGUCUUGUGUCUCCCUAAUAUCUAAGCAAGCUGUGCCUCGACCACCUUGGGCACAUGUCCUCAGGACAUCAUCCUGAGGCUGUGUCACAGGCACGUCCUUAACCUUGGCAAAAUCAAGUUUCUAAAUUGA